AUGAUGAUGUCUCAGGGAAGAGGUAAUGCAAUUGCUGUCUUAGUUCUGCUACUGGGUAUGCUCCUUCACUGUGGUAAUGUUUGGGCAGCAACCUAUACUGUUGGAGAUGCUGGUGGAUGGGCCUUCAAUGUUGUGGGUUGGCCUAAUGGAAAGACCUUUAGGGCUGGUGAUGUACUCGUGUUCAACUACAACCCAACAUUGCACAAUGUGGUUGGUGUAGGCAAACAUGGUUACGAUACAUGCACGGCAGCAGGACAAAAAUUUCAAACUGGAAGAGAUAAAAUCAAGCUUGUGAAAGGAUUUAACUAUUUCAUUUGCGGUUUUCCUGGGCAUUGUGCAAGUAACAUGAAAAUAGCUGUUAACGCAAUGUAA